GGCGCCAUAUUGGCGUCGGCCGCGCUGUAUUGUCAUAAAUAGAGCCGGUUUUGUGGUGUUUUCACUACUCGGUUGGAUGCCUCGGCCGUAGUAAGUGAGAAAGUGAGCGAGCAAGCGAGCUACAAGCGACCAGGGGAAAGUCGACAAGAGGAGAAGGGAAGAGCAAGAACUUGACUCCAGAGAGAAAGAUACUCGCCGGUGUGGGAGACGCAGGAAGCGAUGAAAGAGAUGUCUGCAAACACCAUGCUGGACAGCCAGCGUCAACAAAAGCAUUAUGGAAUCACUUCUCCAAUUAGUUUGGCAUGUCCCAAAGAAAUUGAUCAUAUUUACACACAGAAAUUAAUUGAUGCUAUGAAACCAUUUGGAGUGUUUGAAGAUGAGGAAGAAUUGAACCACAGGCUUGUUGUUCUUGGUAAAUUGAAUAAUUUAGUAAAAGAAUGGAUUUCUGAUGUCAGUGAGAGUAAGAAUCUCCCACCUUCUGUUGUGGCUACUGUUGGUGGUAAAAUUUUCACGUUUGGCUCCUAUAGGCUUGGAGUACACACCAAAGGAGCUGACAUUGAUGCACUUUGUGUAGCUCCAAGACAUGUGGAGAGAUCUGAUUUUUUUCAGUCUUUUUUUGAAAAACUGAAACAUCAAGAUGGCAUUAGAAACUUAAGAGCUGUAGAAGAUGCCUUUGUACCUGUUAUAAAAUUUGAAUUUGAUGGAAUUGAAAUUGAUCUAGUCUUUGCAAGACUGGCAAUUCAAACCAUAUCAGAUAAUUUAGAUCUAAGAGACGACUCUCGACUGAGAAGCCUUGAUAUAAGGUGUAUUCGCAGCCUAAAUGGAUGUAGAGUUACUGAUGAAAUUUUGCAUUUAGUGCCAAAUAAAGAAACUUUUAGACUCACCCUAAGAGCAGUCAAAUUAUGGGCAAAACGACGUGGUAUUUAUUCCAACAUGCUGGGAUUCCUUGGCGGUGUCUCCUGGGCAAUGCUAGUUGCAAGAACUUGUCAAUUAUACCCAAAUGCAGCAGCUUCUACUUUAGUUCAUAAGUUCUUUUUAGUUUUUUCCAAGUGGGAGUGGCCAAAUCCUGUGCUGCUGAAGCAACCAGAAGAAAGCAAUUUGAAUUUGCCUGUUUGGGAUCCUCGGGUAAAUCCAUCAGAUAGGUAUCAUCUCAUGCCCAUAAUCACCCCUGCCUACCCACAGCAGAAUUCUACGUAUAAUGUGUCCACCUCAACUCGAACAGUAAUGGUAGAAGAAUUUAAACAAGGUCUUGCAGUCACAGAUGAAAUCCUUCAAGGGAAAUCAGACUGGUCCAAACUACUUGAGCCACCAAAUUUUUUUCAAAAGUAUAGACAUUAUAUAGUAUUGACUGCCAGUGCAUCAACAGAAGAAAACCAUCUAGAGUGGGUUGGAUUAGUGGAAUCUAAAAUUCGUGUGCUUGUUGGAAACUUGGAACGAAAUGAAUUUAUUACUCUUGCCCAUGUAAAUCCCCAGUCAUUCCCAGGAAAUAAGGAACAUCAUAAAGACAACAAUUACAUAUCAAUGUGGUUCCUUGGAAUAAUUUUUCGGAGAGUAGAAAAUGCAGAAAGUGUUAACAUAGACUUGACCUAUGAUAUACAGUCAUUUACUGAUACAGUGUACAGACAGGCAAAUAAUAUAAACAUGCUAAAGGAAGGAAUGAAAAUUGAAGCAACUCAUGUUAAAAAAAAGCAGCUUCAUCACUACCUUCCAGCAGAGAUUCUUCAAAAGAAGAAAAAGCAAAGUCUUUCUGAUGUUAGUCGAAGUUCAAGUGGACCACAAUCCAAAAGAUCAUCUCUAGAUAGCAAUUGUUUGGAUAGCUCCAGGGACACUGAUAAUGGAACACCUUUUAAUUCCCCAGUGUCUACAAACAAACCUUCCAAGCCUGACGUUCCUCCUUCAGGAGAAACAGAAAGGAGUAAUGCUGAGCCUGCUGCUGUCAUUGUGGAAAAGCCACUGAGUGUCCCCCCAGCACAAGGACUAUCUAUCCCAGUCAUUGGUGCAAAAGUUGAUUCUGCAGUAAAAGCUGUAUCACCCCCAGCUGUGUGCACCAUUCCUACUGUAGUGGGACGAAAUGUCAUUCCUAGAAUCCCGACACCCCACAACCCUGCCCAGGGACAGCCACAUCUUAAUGGAAUGUCAGCUAAGAAUGUUACACACAAGAGAUCCCAUUCCCCAUCUAUAGAUGGGUCUUCUAAGAGGUUGAAAGACAUAGAAAAGUUUAUUCGGCUUGAAUCAACGUUUAAGGAAUCACGUGCUCCUGAAGAUCGAAAAAGAAAAGCAGUGGAUGCCAUUGGAGGAGAAUGUAUGCCUAUUCCAACAAUUGAUACAUCACGCAAAAAGAGACUACCCAGUAAAGAACUACCAGAUUCAUCAUCUCCGGUUCCAGCAAAUAACAUCCGAGUCAUCAAAAAUUCCAUUCGACUGACCCUUAAUCGAUGCCGUAGCAUUCUCUCAUUGAUUGCUACAUGCACUUCUGUGAGGAUCACCUGCUAUCAAAUUGUCAUCUACAAUAUUACGGCUUUGCGUUGGAGGUUUUACUGCCUUAACUUUCGAUGCUUGUUUCUCUGUUGUGGGAACCAGUUCUUGGCUCUUUGGACACGGAUAAAACAAGUCCUGAACUUUUUUUCUUUCUUUCUUUUUUUUUUUUUUUUUUUUUUUUUUUUAAGUCUUAUGUUAUAAUCAUUGUAUAGUACUGAAAAAGUUGAAAAUGAAAGAAAAAAAAUUGUCUUGUAAUUUUCCAAAUGUUAACACAUUUACUUUAGCAUUGAAGCCACUUUGUGAAACCUGAGAUAAAUGAAUGUGAGGUAUCUUUUCUGCUUUUCUCAUUUGUGUAGAUGUACUUAUUGUCUAUUCUGUUGAUUUAAAUUAUUUUUUUUCCAGAAUGGCACAUGGAAUAUUUAAAUUUCUAUUUUUUUUUUUUUUUUGUGCCUUUCUGUCCAAGUGUUGCAUAGUUACCAGGGAGGAUUAGUCCAGUGAUUACAUAAGAGUUGGGCACCAUAAAUUCUCUGUAUUUUGCCUCCCAUGGAGGCCUUUGAAAUGCAUCUUUAUAAAGAAUCAGAAUAUAACCAAGAUACUGAAAGUCAGUAUAUGAAUGGUAAAAUUGUUACAUAUCCUAGCUCAUGCCAUUCUUGUUAGUUGACUGGUAUUUUUUACUGUGGAGCAACUCAUUCCAGCACCAACAAUAAGAUACCUUGAAGUAUGGCAAAAUUGUAUUUUUAAGGUGUAAAAAUAACUUGGCAUGGUAAUUCUUGACCAUUACUUACCCCACAACUUCAAACAGUUUCUUCAUGGACGAGGCAUGCAGAAAUAAGCAGUGGAUUUUACUGAAAAAAGGCAUUUUUGAAUGACAUUGUUACCAACCAUUAAUUGGCUCAGGACCUUUGUAAUUUUUAUUUAACUGUAUGAGUUGUCUUUUUUUACACUGCUUUUUUCAAUGCAUUUCUUAAUAUUUUUUAAGUUUCAUGAACGCAUGCUCAGUUUAUUAAAAUCCAUAACCAUGUAAUUCUUGUAAUAUGUUGAUUCAGUGUUUUGUAAAUGAAGUCGUAUGUAUUUUCAGAGUAUUUUUGUAUGUACUGUAAGAUACCAUCUUUUCAAAGAGAAAACUUUAAAACCUUUA